AUCCUUCCUUGAUACGACUCUCGUGGAGUUUUCCUCUAAUGCCAGUGAUUGUGGAAUUAUCCUCCACAACCCGCAAAUCUCCCUAUGAAACAGGGAAUCUUUUGGGUUUCGCUAGUGGCCUGCAAAGAUUAGGUUUACAACGGGCCCAACCUACACCGUUCGACUGUGACCAAGUAAUUGGAGAAAAUACAGCAUUUCCUGCCUAUUCCACCGAAGAACAAGCAUGUCAUCUGUCAACAAGCUUCCUGGCCAAGCGUCAUGAUCUAGCUUUUCUUGGGCCUGUCUACCCUGUCUCCAUGGACGGUCGGCAAUGCAGCGAGUCCAAUUUUGAGCGUUGGUGGAGAGCGUCGAGUCUUAAACUUUCGAUGAGUUUCGCGUCGUUACAGGAAGCGAUCGGCCUCCGCCUGACGGCUGGAACACGCCUCAACGACUGGUUCAAGGAUUAUCACUACACAAUGUGUCGAACCUCACUGUAUUCGACACUCGUUAGAAUAUCCCGUUUCGAUUCGUGAACGAGAUCCAUUGCAGCCGUGAUAUGGCGCCAUAGUCUUGCCAAACAGCUCCAGGCAGUUCCAGCAGAGUGUGCUGACCCUGCGCGAGAUACAGACAUUAAACCAUACCUUCGGCUAAA